GAACCCGAAACGAGACGGCCCAUCCACUUAGAUCUUUGAUUCUAUGCCUGGAAGUGAAUCGGGAGGCUCUUUACGCGUCUCGCAGCGCCGGCCUCUAGCUUGCCGAGAAUGCACCAAGCGAAAGAGGAAAUGCGAUAAACAGAUCCCUUGCUCAAGAUGCCGAAGACUUAACCUUCAUUGUUCAGUGGAAAUCGUUCAGCUGCGAAGAAAUACUGUGCAGCACGCGUCCGAAAUCCAGUUUUUGGCCGCGAUAUUGGCGGACGUGGAUUCAUUUUCCUCAGAGAAACAACCACAUAUCAGUCGAAAAUUAAGAGAACGAAUCUCGCAGCUACAGACUGGUCAAAGCCAUGAAUCUGAUGGAAUCAGUGCUGGGUCAGGAGCCGAUGAACCAGAGCCAUUCAGCAGCCAUAAGGAACCAAAUUUGCAGCACCAAUUUACCGAGGUGGCCUUGGAAAGCCCAGACCCACCGCUCCUGACAGCAAUAGAACACCUCGCUUGGGGGCGAAAUGCGGCUGGAUGCUUCCCACAUAGGAGAUGUGGAUGCCAGUAUCGAAGAGACAGCCCGGAGCUUUUGUCUAUGAACAGCGGCAGUUUUCAAUUCUACGGCUCAUCUUUGGAGCCUUUGAUACAACUUCCAAGGACCGUGGAUGCGCAAAGUCUCAUCAAUUUCCAUAUAGGCCAUCUCACAUGGCAUCACAACUCGUUUCAUGGACCAACAUUUCUCGAACAAUGCGAGUUGUUCUGGAAGACAGGCAGAUGCGAUCAUCCACUUUGGAUUGCAUUGUAUUUUUCCGUGCUGAGCUGUACUAUCAAUUCAAUUCAGAACAGCCGAAAAUUAACUGUGCUAAUCAACGUUGAUCUGGACACGAUGCCAUCUGCUCAGCAGCUAUUUUCCGCGAUGGUACAGACUCUUUAUAGCGCCCACUUCCUGAACAACUUAUCAAUAUACUCCGUCCAAGCUGUUGUGAUUUCAACAGAGAUUGCCCACAAUUUAGGUCUCAGUCAGUUGAAUGCAACUCUUUUCAACGCUGCUGUGCGGAUCGCGGAGUGCCUUGGGAUUCACAAAAUCAAGAACCACCCUCCAACACCUAAAACAGAAGACGGAUGGGAAGAGCGUGUUGAGCGAGAGGUCGGACGACGAGUGUGGUGCCAAAUGCUUAUUCAAGACCAUUUCGCGAUUCCAUUCACAGACACAUAUAGUAUCUCUCCAAUGCAUUUUUCGACUGGUCGACCUCUCAACGCCGACGAUUAUGAUUUGGCAGAUGUACCGCCUGAAACACCAACAAUCAGCAGUUAUGUCCGUGUUCUCGUGGAUCUGGCCGCACUAAUGCCAGGUCUAGUCGACGGACUUGGACCAAUGCACCGUCGCAAAUCAUUUCGAGAGCAAUAUGAACACAUUCUUCGUGUGGACCAGAAAAUGCGCGCCAUUGUGAAAGCAAUACCCCCCUUUAUGCUCCGCCCAGACCCGAUUAAAGAAGCCCAAAUCCCCUGGCUUACUAUUGCCCGACGUAGUCUGGCAAUCACGGCAGCUGAGAAGAUUAUUAUGAUCCACCGACUUUUUUUGUUCCGUUCCUUCCAUGACCCAACCUACGUUCAUUCUCGGCGGACUUGCGUUGCAGCCGCGAUGACCAUUUUACGCGAACAUGAGACAAUUGUGGAAGAUGAUGACCUGUCUAUCUGGACGCACACGGCAUUUGCCAUCACAGCCGCAGUGAUAUUGUGCUUUGAAGUAAAUACAGUGAUGGAAACUCCAGAUAGAAGAAGCGUGCCAAUGUACAGAACAGCUGUCCUUGCAGCUCGCGAUAGGCUGUCUUCGCGAAAUGGGGAUGUACUUGCACAGCGAGGUGUGGCUCUGAUAAAUGCCAUUUUCAUUGCUGAGCAGUCUGGCUCGAGUGCCCCAGAGAUGAAUCGACUCAAGCCCAUCGACUUCAACCGAGUUUUUAGCAAUUUUUCCACUCUGAGCAAAGCGAGUGCGAUACCCUCCCCUGAUGAAAUGACACCGGGCAAGCUUUCGACUGGCACCCCCGAAACGAUAGAUGCACCUGACGUGGGUGAAAUGCAAUUGGCAUGGAACCAAGAGGAAAUCGAUUUCGAUCUUUGGUUUAAUGGAAUUUUCAAUAACUACACUGGAAAUCAGUUGUAG